UCAUCGUCAACAGCAGCACGUGCCUUCGUGUCUGCUUCACUGGUCCCCGAUUGGACAGCCAUCGCUGGCGGGGCUCGCAAGCAGGGAGCGGGUUCGAUUGCUGUUGCUGGCGUUGCCUGAUGUGCAGCCCAGGGGGGAAGCUGUUCGGGGGCGGGGCACCCGCCACUUCAAUCUUCGAUUUUAAGGUUAAGGAUGCUACCGCUGGCGAGGUAGACCUGGCCGACUACAAGGGUCAGAAGAAGGCGUUCCUCAUCGUCAAUGUGGCGAGCGAAUGAGGUCUAACCGCCCAGAACUACGCCGAGCUGGCGGCUCUCUACGGAAAGUACGCCGGCCUCGGUCUGGAGAUUCUGGGCUUUCCUUCGAACGAGUUCGCUUCGGAGGAACCAGGCACCAAUGCCGAAAUCCAGGACUUUGCCAAGGCAAGGGGUGCGACGUACCCCGUCUUUGCCAAGGUCGAGGUGAACGGCUUCGGCGCCAUCCCCCUCUACAAGUUCCUGAAGGACAGGCAGGGCGGGGGCUUGGACAUCUCCGCCAUCAAGUGGAACUUCGCCAAGUUCCUCUGCGAUGCCGACGGAGUGCCGGUGAAACGUUUCGACCCCAAUGAAAGCCCGUUUUCCUUCGAGCAGGACAUCGUCGACCUCCUCAAGUAAAGCCUCCGGCCGUGAUGCGCC